AUCUCAGACAUAGACGUGGGGCGGCUCGGAGGUCUCGGCGAGAGGCAGAAAGCCCGGGGGGGAAGCCGAGGAAACAGCGGGAACCGCUGGUCUCCGGCGGGGAUGGCGACACGCGCCGUCGUGGCCGGAGCGCGCCCAAGGAAGGGCCAGGCCGGGCCGGGCCAUGGAGCCGCCUGUGACGUCGCGGGCGUUGCUACAAGAGGGGCGAGCGCAGGCUGAGCAGCCCAGGCGCCAUGGCGGAGGGGCGGAGCGCGGCGCAGAGGGUACUGAAGCUGCAGGAGCAGCUGCGCUGUGCGCAGGAGCCCGCGGAGAUUUUAAAAACGCUUAAAGUACUACAGGAUUUGGAUAUAUCACUGGAUAUUCUAGUGGAAACUGGCAUAGGCAAAACAGUUAAUGGUUUUAGGAAACAUGACACUGCUGGGAAUCUAGCUAAAACCCUGGUAAAACAGUGGAAAAAACUUAUUCCUCCAGAAAAUAAUAGUGGUCACAGAGGAGGAAAACAAAAUACCAAAAAAGAUGAGACAAAAUCUUCUGUUUCCAAGGAGAUGAAUCUUUCAGAGAAGUUCAAAGCAUCUGUACUGGCCUCUGGAAGUUCCAGUAAUGCUCCCAUUUCUAAAAAGUUGAAUAAGCAGUGUACUUGUAAUGAAAAGACCUACAAAAGCAGAGAUUCCGAGUCUCAAAAAGAAUGUGAUAAUAAAGAAUGUAGCAACAGUGGUUCUAGGCAUGCUUCCCGGGAUACCAAUCCUCAAGCUAAGGAAAGUGACUUCAAAGAGAGAACCUCCACAGACAGCAAGAAAGUUUCAAAAAAGCGGUGUUCCUCUGCAGCCAAUAAAGACUUUUCACCCCUGAAAGCAAAGCCUAGUAAGGAUGCUUCUGAGCAGAGAGAUCAUAAGCAUGUGAAGAAACAAACCCAAAAACUUGUCAUAAAAAGAAAAGCUGAAUUAUCUAGUGAUGAGGAAUUUGAGCCCCCUACUAUGUCUUUUGAAGCUUAUCUUAAUUAUGAUCAAGUUACCAAAAAAAGAAAGAGGAAGGCUUGUUCUACAGGUGAACAGCCAAAGAAGUGCAGUGAACAGAACAGCUCAUUACCACAGAAGAUUUCAAAAUUUUCUCAUGUCAAAGUGGGAGAGAAAGAUGUAAAAAAAUGUGAGGGUGAUCACUCAGAAACUCCUAAUAAAAAGGCCAAGGUGGCAUCCCUCCAAGAUCUUCUUAAUACUCCACUGCCUAAAUUUCUGACAGGCAUCUCAAUCUCAUCUCCAUAUGCUGCAGACUUUAAAGCUCCCCUAGCACCUGUUGUAGAAGCACCCAAGCAAGUCAGUGAGAUGGGUCAAUUCACAGGACAGAGACUGAACUCUAAAAUGCAAGUUUACUCCGGCUCUAAAACAGUCUGUCUUUCAAAGAUGCUGACACUGUAUGAACAGUGCAUCCGUGUGCUUCAAAAUAAUACUGAUUUGCUGCGUAAAGUAGGAGGUGUGCCCUUUGAAGUUCUUGAGCCUGUUCUAACACGUUGCACGGCAGAGCAGUUGUCUCAAAUAGAGGAAUGUAAUCCGAUGUUUACAGAAGAGUCUGACCACUUGUGGAAGAAACACUGCCAAAGAGAUUUUAAAAAUGAGAGUCUUCUGGAAUAUGAGUCUUGGCGUGAAAUGUACUCGAGACUGUUUAAUCAGAGAGAAGAAAAACUAAAGAGGCUUACAAAAAGUAUUGCUUCAGCUCAGUCUGAGAAACCAAAAGGCAGGCAAGUAAAAAUGACCUAUAUGACUGGUGCAGCAAAACCACCCAGGAACAUUUGCCAACAGCAAGAAAUCCAUAGGACAGCAAGACCUGUCACCCAACUUUAUCCCAUAAAGAUGUGCAAUUUGCAGCCCUGAGAUUAAUUCAGACUAUUGCAAUGAGCUUCCCACCAUCCAGAAAAUAAAUGUUGUGGUGUCACGUGAAUCCUGUAGGAGAUGGGCAGGGAGGAAGAGGGAGACAAAAGAAUAGAGGAAAAACUGCAUCAUCCAGCCUGAUCUGCAUUAGGCCCAACAUCUGUAUCCUGGGAUCAGAUUUCUGCUGAGAUUUUGUUCAAGGGCAGCUUGUCCUUCCUGCUGGGGAGAGACUGCCACAGGAAGACCAUGGCUGUGUUGGGAAAGUUGGGGGAAAAGUGAUACAUAGGAAAGGAGGCCCCAGGUGGGCUCCAUUUCUUUGGGGGAACCCAUGUCCCAGCAGCAUUUCCACCUGGGGACGACCCCAUCUAUAUGGCUUCUAAACUUGAAAGCACUGACAUAUCUGAACUGCCUAAACCAAGCAAGCCCAUGACAAGGAAUGGGAUUUCAGGCGGACGAGAAGUCAAACCUGUGCCAUAAACCAAGAAAGCCCGGUGCCAUGUGCAGUAAGGCCGCAUGAAUGUGUAAGCUGCAAAGUUAUAAGCUUGCUUCUUGCCAACUAUGUGGCUUGAGCAAGCAUACCGAAGCAGCCCAGGUUUCCCUUUCACCUUUACCUGGUCUCCUGUUAGCCUGUGCCUCUGCGAGAUGUCUGGAUGAAGCACUGAAAACUGGAAAUAGAAAUACAGAAUGAAAAACUUGAGUAAAACGUCCAGGUUCAAGAUAUAUGUUUGCGUGCUGGCUGAAGAAAUAGUGGGCAUUUUGUAAUGAAAGCUGAGCAGUAUCCAGGGUGAUGGUGCUUCCAUGCAAGGAUUCCUGACGAUGAACAAGACCAGAUAUAUAUACUGCACCACUGGUGUCAGCCGGAAGAAGCCUAUUUUUGGGGUUUGUGUCCAACAGAAUGCCUAGAUUCUUUUCUGGUCCAUAUAUUUUCAAGUGUUUGCAGUAAUCUCAGAUCUUCACACAAUCAAAUUAAUUUCAAUACUUUCUUCAAAUACAAAAAAGUCUUAACUGAGCACAUUGGUACUUGGUGAAACCUCUUCUCUCAUAAAAAGACCAAAGGUAUGGUAAGAUCGAGUAAUUAAAUUGGAAGGGACCUACAACGAUCAUCUAGUCCAACUGCUGGGCUGGCAGGAGUUCCUUGCAGUUGGGAGUUAGCUAAAGGCAUGCCAGGGUCAUGCUCCAGCCCAUUUUGCUUUCCAUUUACUCCUUUUGCUGGUCUGCAGAUCUUCUCAGGUGCCUGCGUGAACCUUCCAGUUCACCACAGUAUGUCUGUUUGUCAAGUGUUUACUUGACCUAAAUUCUUUUGAAAACCAUCAUUUGUGAGAACUGUAGUGCAGGCUUUACAGAACUGGGUAGCUGGUUAAUAAGUGCUGUGACCUGGACACACAAGCUCUGCCAUUUUGUUAUUAACAAUAUAGGCAGUUAUUUUUCUGUUUUAUUUAUUUGUUAAUGUUCCUGAUUUCUUAAACUGUAUUUUUUUUCUAACUGGAAGAUUGAACUGUUGAAUGUAUGUCACAAAUUGCUAGUUUA